AAGGCUGACUCGUGGCACAGCUGGAGCCCUGUCCCGGGUACCCAGUGUCCUGACGGCUGCGCCGCAGCUGGGCGCGCAGCCAGAGGCAAGCUGGGGACAAAUCCCUCGGGGAUGAGAGCCGAGGUGGGGAGAGGGGGGAGUGUAGCAGCAGGUGUGCGGAAACCGCGGCCUCCCUGUACCAGCGAGAAGCCGCCCGCGUGUUGCCAGCCUGGCCCUGGGCGCCCGGCUGGCGGCGGGAGCAGCGCUCGGGGCUGCGUGGGGGCGCUCUCCGUGCGCGGUGCGGCUGCGCGGUGUCCGGUGCCCGUGGCCGUGGCCGUGGCCGGAGCGGUGCCCGCGGCCGGAACGGCGAUGGGCUCCCGCCUGCGGGUCGCCGCGCUCGGGGCGGCGCUAGCCCUGGCGGGCGGCACGGUCGUGGCGCUCCGGGCCUGGGUCCGCCUGCGGAGCCGUGUCGCGCUGCCCGCCCGUUCUGUAGCCGCCGCUGCUGCCGCCGAUCAGGGUAAAGGACACAGUAAGCAGAUCCUGGUACUGGGCCUGGAUGGGGCUGGGAAGACUAGCAUUCUCCACUCUCUGGCAACUAACCACGUCAAGCGCAGCAUGGCUUCCACCGAGGGCUUCAAUGCAAUCUGCAUCAACACCGAAGAGUCCCAAAUGGAGUUUCUGGAAAUCGGGGGCAGUGAAUCUCUGCGUUCAUACUGGAAGAUGUACUUGCCCAAAGUGCUGUUGCUGGUCUAUGUCGUGGACUCGGCUGAUCAUGCCCGACUGCCUAUGGCAAAACAGCUGCUUCAUCAACUAAUCCAGAAUAACUCCACCCUGCCUGUGGUAGUUCUGGCCAACAAGCAGGACCUUGAAGGUGCAUAUUGCAUCACUGAUAUUCACGAUGCUCUGGCUCUGUCCGAUAUCGGGGACGAAAGGAAGAUGUUCUUGAUUGGUACCCAUGUGGCAGAAGAUGGCUCUGAGAUCUCUUCCGGCAUGAAGGAUGCCAAGGAGCUGAUAGGGCAGCUGGUUUUGGAAACAUAGUAACAGCUCUUUUCUUACAACAUGGUGUUUGCAGCUGAGGGAGAGCAACUGUUAGUAUAUGGUCAGUUUGCUAUGUGGCAACUGAAAUGUACAGAUAUGCAGUCCUGGUGGGUAUGAAAUUCGUCUGAAAGUGGUAUCUAGUUGGUAAGAAAAUCUUAAUUUAUAGUGGUUUGAAAAUACAUUUGAGAAGUAGUCUAUUUUUAGUGUGUUUGUAGGAGAAAAAUAGUCUGUCUCUCAGGCAGCAGAUUUAUGGGGAAAUAUAGCUUAGAUGGGCUAGAUGCCUUCAUGUCAGGUGAGGAAUCAAGCACUGACUUCCAUGGGAGAAAGUUGCAUCCAGUGAAUAUAAUAUGGCUUGAUGUCUCAGGUUCAAGUGAAAUAUGUUUACUUCACAGAUUUUUUUACAGAACCAUUUUAACAGUGAUGUUCUGUUAAAAAUGAGACCUCACUUCUUGACAAUGUCAGAAAUUUAAAGUGCUGCAAUUAGUAUUUUUGACAGUGACAAUUCUUGUUGUUGUGUUGGACCCAGUUAUGGAAGUGGCAAAUUGAUAAUCUCUGGAAAUUGGGUUGGUUACUGCUUCUUUAGUGGGUAAGAACACGAAAAUGAAAGCAGUAAUAUAUUAGGUGUUUCUUUGCCUACAGGCAAAAAACCAAAAUGGAGUAAUUUGAGGUAGUGACUGGAUGCUUUUCAGUUAAAUUGGCAGCAAAGGUGGGAGACUCAUCCAUCAGGUUGAGCAGCUUAGUUCAGCUUAGUCCGAGAUGUCCUCGAUCAAGCAGGCAGUCUUAGUUGUGAAAACCCUGUUGUUUCUUGGUAGUGAUUUGUGUUAGCACAGCAGGUUAGGAAGGUGACAAGUUGCUGAGGAGUGUCACUCUCCCAGUGUCCUCCUAAUUAUACUCAAAGCACACGACCCAAGAACAGGCCUGUAAAGGAGCUAUUUUGCACCCGCAUCUAUUGUACGAGGCUUUUAUAGUUUUGUCCUUUGUAACAGACGCAUAAAACAGAAAAUUCCACCCUAA